CAUGUUGGAGCCGCGGCCGCGGGGAAGACGCAGGAUUUUCCAGAAGCGGAAACCGCGGGAAAGGCCAAACCGAGAGACAGAGCGGAGUCGGGUCUUGGUCUCUGGCUGCUGGUCGACUCGACCACAACCGCAACCAAAGUGUGAGGAUCCAACUAGAGGCAUAGGAAACAAGGGAAUUCUGGAGAAAAAGGACCAUUGAAGGUUGUCAGAUUUUCUGUUGUGAUUCAGCAGUGGAUAUCAGCCUUGACAGUCUGUUCUAUCAUUAAAAUAUCAUGGCCAAAGUCGCAAGUGUGGGAAGAAAUAUUGACUGUAACAGUCCACCAAAUGAGUUCGGUGACAUCAUUAGAUGGAGAUCAGAUGAACAUGAUGGUGUACAGAAAAAAACCUUCACAAAAUGGAUCAAUGCACGCUUUGCAAAGGGUGGAAAGCCAUCAAUCAAGGAUCUAUUUGUCGACCUCCGAGAUGGACGAAAACUCUUAGAUCUUCUAGAAGGACUCACAGGAUGUGUGUUGACCAAAGAACGUGGCACUACCAGGGUACAUGCUCUCAACAACGUCACCCGAGUGCUGCAUGUGCUACAGCAGAAUAAUGUUGAGCUGGUGAAUAUUGGUGGAACUGAUAUUGUGGAUGGAAACCAUAAACUGACACUUGGACUUAUUUGGAGUAUAAUUCUACACUGGCAGGUCAAGGAUAUAAUGAAAGCUAUUAUGUCAGAUCUGCAUCAGACAAACAGUGAGAAAAUUCUGCUGAGUUGGGUCCGUCAGUCAACCCGACCUUACAAACAAGUAAAUGUUCUGAAUUUUACAACCAGCUGGGCUGAUGGGCUUGCUUUCAAUGCCAUUCUUCAUAGGCACAAACCAGGUUUGUUCAGCUGGGAUAAAAUUACGAAAAUGUCUGCAGUGAAUCGCCUGGAACAUGCUUUUGACAUGGCUAAAAAGCACUUGGAUAUAGACAGACUGCUGGACCCUGAAGAUAUUGCUGUUUGCCUUCCUGACAAGAAAUCCAUCAUCAUGUAUGUGACUUCUUUAUUUGAGGUACUCCCUCAACAAGUCACAAUGGAGGACAUUCUUGAAGUGGAGACCCUACCAAGGCAGUACAAAGUUGAAUGUGCAGAAGGUCCUUUAUCACGUCAACAGACUGUAACCUCCGAAAAGAAGCCCGUCAACUCUCAGACUGAAACUUCCAGUACAGUGCCUGAGAUGAAUGUGGACUUGGAUGGUUAUCAGGCAGUUUUGGAGGAGGUCCUAACAUGGCUAUUGUCAGCUGAGGACGCGUUUCAUAUGCAAGAUGACAUAUCCUCUGACGUUGAGGAGGUGAAGGAACAGUUUCACAUUCAUGAGGGAUUCAUGAUGGAGCUGACUGCACAUCAGAGUAAUGUGGGUAAUGUACUUCAGGCUGGAAACCAGCUCACUGCACAGGGCAACCUCACAGAAGAGGAGGAAAAUGAGAUCAGAGAACAAAUGUCUUUGCUUAAUUCUAGAUGGGAAAGCCUGAGAGUUGCCAGCAUGGACAGACAAGCCAAGCUUCAUGAGGUUCUCAUGGAAUUGCAGCAGCAGCAAUUGUGCCAGCUAUCAGAUUGGCUCACUCGGACAGAAGCACGUAUUCAAAAGCUGGAAGCACACUCUGAAGUAAAUGAAUUUGAGUCCUUCAAAUGGCAGAUUGAUGAACAUAAACUAUUGCAAAGUGACUUGGAGACAGAGCAGGUGAAAGUGAACUCUCUGACACACAUGGUUGUGGUAGUGGAUGAGAACAGUGGCGAGAGUGCUACAGCUGCACUGGAGGACCAGUUGCAGUCGCUGGGUGAGCGCUGGGCAGCUGUUUGUCGUUGGACAGAAGAGCGAUGGCGCCUGCUGCAGGAUAUUUUUGUAAAGUGGCAGCAACUAUCAGAGGAUCAGCAGCUGCUUAAGGCUUGGCUGACUGAGAAGGAAGAUGUUCUCACUGCAAUGCAAACCAGCAGCUUAAGGGAUCAGCGUGAGACUGGAGAGAAUAUUUGCAGUUUGGCAAUUUUGAAGGAAGAUCUACAAAUGAAGCGUCCUACAUUGGACCAUCUGGAUGAACUUGAUCAAGAUUUAACGGAAUUAUUCAAAAAUAGUAAUUUAUCAAAGAACAUUAACAGCGGUAUGGAAGAGCUAUCACAAAGAUGGGACAAUUUGGUGCAACAGCUGGAAGAUUACUCUAAACAGGUGUCUCAGGCACCGUCUGAAUUGGGACUAACUCAGAUCAGCCCUGUGGAAAUGGUAGAAAUAACAACAGAAUGUUCAGUUCAGAAGCAGGAAUUGGUACCUCUUCCACCACCCAAGAAAAGACAACUUUGCACGGAUGUAGAGUCCAAGAAAAGAUUUGAUGCUGAUGCAGGUGAGCUGCUGAGUUGGAUUGGUAAAUCAAAGUGUGAGGUCGAUGCCAUGAUGUUCAAUGACUUCAGCAGGCAGAAAAAUAUAUCUGGCAUGAAGGCAAAGGUGAAGGCUCUGGAAAAGGAGAAGGCUGAAAAAGAGAGACAAUCAAAGUCAUUAAAGCUGGUGGGACAAGCCUUGCUUGAAUCAAUGGAGAAAGAAGGACUACCAACAGAGGAAGUAAACCACGUACUGGAAAAUCUGUCAGUAGAAUGGAAAGAUAAUAACCAGAAAAUGGACAAGCUGAAUAGAAAAUUGCAGUAUCAAGAGAAUAUUAACUGUAUUUAUUCGGAAGUGCAAGACAUUGAAAAAACUCUGCAAUCCAAAGAAGACUGGCUGAAAUGUGCAAAUAGUGCUGCAUUGAAGGAAUCCUGUGAGUAUGAAAUCAGCCAACUGAAUGAAAUAGCUCCGCUAGUAAAGAAACUGCUAGCUCAUGGGGAAGUCCUUAGCAAUGAGCCUGAAGCUCCAAGCUUCCUCCAGGAAGACCUUAGUAAUUUCAAUAACCGAUUCAGGUCACUUCUGCAGAAACUACAGAGCAAGCACCAUGUACAAUUCGGGUUAGAGAGUCCUUGGAGAGUCGAUGCUAUAAAGUCGCUGAAAACGUUGCUUGACCGAUCCGAGGCCCAGGUUAUAUCAGAUUGGAAUGCAGUUAUUACAGUGGAAGCUGCUCAGAAUACAUUAAAAUACACAGCGAUUCUACGAGAUGAUUUGGCAAGCCAUCAACCUGAAAUGGAUAAGCUCACAGCUGAGACUCAAAGCAUGGGGGAGGAGCUGAUGUCUUCUCAGAACACGUGUAACGUAGAAUUGGAAGCAAUUCAAACACGGUGGAGAAGGCUGAUGACAAAACUUCAGGGUGACUGUCAGAUGCUGGAAGACACUAUAUCCAAACUGCAGCAAUUUCAGAAACAUGCAGAUGCCGUGGAAACAUGGAUAGAUAAUGCAGAGACCUUCUUGUCCAAGGAGACCAUCACGUCAGGCAAAAAAGAGGAGUUCUGGCAGCAGGUGGAGCAGUGCAUGACAUUUGUGAAAGACAUUCAGAAUGUAGAGUCCAAUUUGACAUCAAUGAAUGAGAUCCAUGAAUCAUUGAAAAAGCAGCCAAUGAUAGCUAUCUCCAAUUCUGUGAUGCCUCGUAUGGUUGAUUGCCGCACACGAUUUGAAAGUGUGAGCAACCAGAUUAUGUCUCAGCAGGCAAGAUUGUCUGAAGGUCAUGAGAAGACACUGAACUUGAAGAAAGAUCUUGUGGAAAUGCGUGAGUGGACCAUGCAAGCUGAAGAGGAAUAUUUAGAGAAAGACUUUGAAUAUAAGUCACCUGAAGAAUUAGAGACUGCUUUAGAGGAGAUGAAGCGUGCAAAAGAGGAGGUGCUGCAGAAAGAAGUUAGAGUGAAGAUUCUGAAAGACAAUAUAAAUUCAGUUCUUAAGAAAGUUCCACCCAAUGAUCAGGAACAGAUGUCCAGGGAUCUUAAUGCGAUGAUGGAGAAUUACAAGAGGCUUUGUGAUAGGAUUGAACGUAAAUAUUUGACUUUAAAGGAGGUAUGGUCUUGCUGGUGUGAGUUGCUCCAUUACUUGGACAUAGAAAAUAAUUGGUUAAAGAAUCUGGAGGAGAUGUUGUACACCACAGAAAAUAUACCAGACGGUGCUGAAGCUGUCAGUGAGGCCCUUGAGUCCCUCGAGUCUGUACUCCGUCAUCCAGCAGAUAAUCGAACACAAAUCCGUGAACUAGGUCAGACGCUGAUUGAUGGUGGAAUAUUGGAUGAACUUAUAAGUGCAAAACUGGAGGUAUUCAAUGCUCGGUAUGAAGAGCUCAGUCAUCAGGCUGUGAACAAGCAGAUCUCAUUGGAGCAGCAUUUACAAAUGUCUCAAGAAAAUGAACAGCAAAUACAUGACCUGCAGGAGUCACUUGGAUUGUUGGACAAGCAGUUAACCUUGUAUUUAACAGAUCGCAUAGAUGCCUUACAAAUGCCACAAGAAGCUCAGAAAAUUAAAACAGAUAUUGCAGCCUAUGAAGCCAGCUUAGAGGAAAUGAAGAUGAAAAAUACGAGGGCCCUGCCUUUCUUAGGUAGCAAACCUCACUCUCGUGGUGGGCCUCAAUUGGAUUUGCUUCAGAGGAAACUUCGAGAAGUGUCAACAAAAUUCCAACUUUUCCAGAAGCCGGCAAAUUUUGAGCAGCGCAUGUUAGAUUGCAAACAUGUGUUGGACAGCGUUCGAACAGAACUGCAUGUAUUGGACAUGAGGAGUGUUGAGCCUGAGGAACUACAGCCCCAAUUGGAUAAUUGUAUGAAACUGUAUAAAACACUGAGUGAAGUGAAGCUUGAGGUGGAGACAGUAAUAAAGACUGGACGACAAAUUGUUCAGAAACAGCAGACUGACAACCCCAAAUUAAUGGAUGAGCAAUUAACAGCUCUGAAACUCUUGUACAAUGAAAUGGGAGCACAGGUCACUGAAGGUAAGCAGGAUUUGGAAAAGGCCUUGCAUCUAUCUCGCAAGUGGAAGAAAGAGGCCGAGUCAUUUUCAGAAUGGUUGGCAGCUAAAGAAGAUGAAGUGAUUCAAAAAUCAUCUUCCAGUGGAAUGCCUGCUAACUUAGAUUCAGAGAUCAAGUGGACCAGACAAAUUCUGAAAGAAUUGGAGGUGAAGAAAACUGAACUGGGUAAUAUCACUGAGAAUAGUGCUGCACUGCAGAGCCUGAUAGAAGGCAGCAGUCAUGUUUUGGAGGAUAAAAUGUGCACACUGAAUGCUGCUUGGAACAAGGUCCACACUCUGACACAGGGGUGGUGUGACAAACUGCUGGAUUAUCAAAAACAAAUGGAAGGCUUUGAUCAAAAUGUUGCACACAUAAGCACCUGGCUGUAUCAAACGGAAAUUCUGUUAGAUGAGAUUGAUAAGAAACCAGACUGUGAAAGAGAAGAAAUACUUAAGCGUUUUCAAUUUGAACUGGAUGGAAUCAGUUUGCAAGUUGAUGAUAUACGUGACCAAGCUGUUUCCCUCAUGAAAAAUAAUGGUACCAUGUGCCGCGAAGUGGUGGAGCCAAAGCUAAUUGAACUGAAUCGCAAUGUUGAGAGAGUUUCUCAGCACAUCAAAUCUGCAAAAAUGGAGGCAGCAAGUAAAGACCCUGCACGUCAUGAAAAUGGGUCAAGACCAGGUAUGAAUACCAACCAGGUUUCAUCCAUCAAUCUAGAUCGCUUUGAAGCUGAGCUUCAAAACAAGCUAGAAGACCUGGACAGAAGGUUACAAUGUAGUGAGGAGAUCCAAGAUGAUGAUGAAAAGGUGGAUGAAGAAGAAGCGGAUGUGGAGGAAAUGCUACAAGAAGGAGAGCGACUGCUACAACUGACUGAUAAUGAUAGGAAACAGAAACAAAUCCGCAAAAAACUAAUUCUAUUACAGACAAAACAUGCCUCUGUUAAGGCAACAAAGUUAAUGCAGAAGGAGAAAGUAGGAGGGCAGUCUCCUAGAUGGUUGCAGUAUAAGAGAGAGGAAAACGAAUUCCUACAGUGGCUUGAUGACAUUGAGCAGCAACUGUUCACCGCUUCUAGCUCAGAAGACCAGGAGAGAUUACAGGAACUGACCCAAGACUUUGAACAACGACGGGAAGACUUCAAUGUCUUAAAACAGAAGGCACAAGAUCUAAUACAGUAUCGUGCCUCUUCAGGGCAGGACCCCAUUAGUGUGGAAAAGCGCUGGUGUCAGAUAGAAACUCUGUUUUCCAAUUAUCAAACACACCCUUUGAAACGUCCAGAAGUGCAAGUUAUCACUGCUCAUUAUACUACCAGUGCAGGGACGACUUCGCAGUAUUUCCCAUCAGAUUAUCUUCUGGCCAUAAACAAGGCAUUACUUGCUCUGACUGAUGUUGAACUAGUAUUGAAUGCACCAGAAUUAAAUAAUGGAAAAUAUGAGGAUUUCUCAAGCCAGGAAGAUUCCUUAAAGAACAUAAAGGACAUGCUGGAGAAACUUGGAGACCAAAUUGAAGAUAUUCAUGAGAAUCAGCCUGAUGCCCUCCUUGAAGCUUCUGCAGCUGAUGUUGUCCAAAUAGGUGACACACUAACGCAGCUUCAUGCACAAUGGGAUCGAGUGAAUAGAAUGUAUAAUGAUCGCAAAAGCUGUUUCGAUAAGGCUGUGGAGGAAUGGAGACAAUUUCACUGUGACUUAAAUGAUCUGAAUCAGUGGGUGAUGGAAGCUGAGCAGUUAUUGUCUGUUGCCCGAGACCAAAAUGGUAGCCUGGACUUGGAGGAAGCCAGGAUUCACCAACAGGAGCUGGAAGAAAGUCUCAGCAGUCACCAGCCAGUAUAUAUUACUUUAAAUGCCUCUGGCAGAGAUAUCAUACAGGACCUUUCAACAGCAGAUGGAUGUCUCCUACAGGAGAAGCUCAAUGGAUUAAAUAAACGCUGGGCAGCUAUUUCUUCAGAGAUCAAAGAUCGGCAUCGUAGGUUGGUUGGAGAUAGCCAACAAUGCUCUGAUUUAAAGAAUCAGAUGGAUGAAUUUGGUUUGUGGUUGGAUACAGUACAGAACUCUUUAAGGGCUGUGCAUUCACCGCCGACAGCACAUGACCUGGAGGAACUGAAGGUUGCAGCAACAGACCUCAAGUUGCGCAGUGACAAUUUAACCAUGAUGAACAGCAUUACACAGGAUAUACUUUCAGACAAAAACCUAAGUCUACAAGAGAGAGACAAACUUUCUGCAAAGCAUAGAAUUAUCAAUUCAAACUGGAAUAAGAUGUGCAAAGAACUGUCUGUUAAAGUGAAAGAAAUUGAGAUUCACCUCCAGGACUAUGCUGACUUCAAAGAAAACCUGGAGAAGUUGUCCGACUGGGCAGUAGUUACAAGACUGAAGCUCCAGCACAGAGGGCCAUCUUCACCAGGAGGCACACAACUUCAGUUAUUAGAAGCUGCUGUGAUGAGCCACCAAACUGACAUUGAGGCUACUCUCGCUAAAGCUUUGGAGUUGGACAGGAAAAGUAAUUUGCUCCCUGAAGAAAAGAGUAAGGUGGCACAACUUUCUGCUGACUGGAAAACUCUCAACAAUAUUUUGAAAGAUCUUAAUGAUCAGUGCUUCGUGGGAUGGAGUCAGCAUAUGUCACAACCAAAGGUUAAAGUAGUUCACUCCACUGUUCAAACAGUCACCCUGGUGUCAGCAAUGCCUCCAUCUCCUGGAGCCAGUCCGUUGGGUCUACGCGAUGACUUCCCCUCAAAUUCUGAAUCAUUGAUGCCAGCAGAUCUGGAUAAAUCAGCUGUGGAGCUCAUUGACUGGCUGACACUCAUUGAUCAGAUGAUCAAAUCAAACAUAAUUACUGUUGGAGAUCUGGAGGAGAUUAAUGAAACAAUUGUACGCCUGAAGACUACAAUAAAUGAUUUGGAGCAGCGACGACCGCAGCUCGAUGCUAUUUUUACACUAGCUCAGAACUUGAAGAAUAAAACGGCUGAUAUGGAGGAGCGAGCUGCAAUUACUGAGCGAUUGGUGAGGGUGCAGAACCAAUGGGACAACACACAGCACAGAUUGGAGGCACGGCAGCAACAGCUAGAAGAAUUGCUCAGUGACAGCAUACAUUGGGAGGAGGAUUUGCAGGCAACUGAGCGACUGGUUGGUCAGAGUGAAAUCCACCUGCAGUCGGUGCUCCAUGUCACUUCAGAGCCACUUGCCCCACAGUUGACAGAAAGCAAGCAAUUCUUAGAAGAAUUACACAAAGGGCAGUUUACAGUGUCAUCAUUCAAAGACUUGUCCAGUAAACUUCUCCGGGUUUAUGCAGCAGAUGAUACUCGGAAGGUGAAAGAGGUUACAGACAGCAUUGAUACCUCCUGGAAUAAUAUCAAUCAAAGAGCCAGUGAGAGAGUUGAAAAGCUGGAGAGUGAACUAAAGCAGCUACAGAACUUGUUGCAGGAGUUAGAGGGAUGUCUUCGGUGGUUGCAGGAUACUGAAAGUGCAGCUGAUAUCUUGGCCAGUGCAGUUGAAAAAGAAGACACGCUGCAGGAUACUGCUGACGUGAAGGAACUCAAACACAGAUUGCAAGAUAUCCAGGCUGAAAUUGAUGCUCACAAUGACAUCUUUAAGAGUAUUGAUGGCAACAGACAUAGAAUGGUGAAGGUUUUGGGAAAUUCAGAGGAAGCUGCCUUGCUCCAGCAUCGACUUGAUGAUAUGAACCAGCGAUGGAGUGACCUAAAGACCAAAUCUGUCAAUAUCAGGGCUCAUUUGGAAGCCAACACAGAACGUUGGAACAGGUUGCUCACAUCGUUAGAAGAACUAUGUAAGUGGUUAAAGCUCAAGAACGAGGUGCUGACAAAACAGAUGCCCAUUGGAGGUGAUGUUCAGACUCUACUGCAGCAACAUGAUCAUUGUCGGGCACUCAGACAAGAACUAAUGGAUAAGGAGGUGACGAUUGUAACUGCCCUGGAUUCAGCUCGCUUAUUCCUUGCAGAUCAGCCCAUAGAGGGGCCAGAGGAGCCACGCCGACACCUUCAUGUUAAAACAGAACCUACCCCAGAAGAGAGAGCCCAAAGAAUUGCCAAAGCUGUUCGCAAACAAUCAACAGAAGUGAAGGAAAAUUGGGAACUGUUGAACACUCAUGCAAGCAACUGGCAGAAACAGGUGCAAAAGGCAUUGGAGAAACUUCAAGAAUUGCAGAAAGCUAUGGAUGAUCUUGAGGCUCAUGUGAUAACAGCCGAAGGGGUCCGUACUGAAUGGCAACCUGUGGGUGACCUGCUUAUUGACUCCUUGCAGGAUCACAUUGACAAAACCACAGCUUUUAAAGAAGAAAUUGCCCCGGUGAAGCAAGAAGUGAAAAUAUUAAAUGAUCUGGCUAGUCAGUUAUCUCCACUUGAUGUCUUUUUAUCUCCAAAGAUUUCUCACCAGCUUGAUGACCUAAAUAUGAGAUGGAAACUUAUACAGGUUGCUGUUGAAGAUCGGAUCAAGCAAUUACAAGAGGCAUACCGGGAUUUUGGUCCUUCAUCACAACACUUUCUUUCUACCUCCGUUCAGUUGCCUUGGCAGAGAGCUGUAUCACACAACAAUAAAGUGCCAUAUUACAUCAACCACCAGAUUCAGAGUACUUGUUGGGACCAUCCAAAAAUGACUCAACUGUUUCACUCAUUAGGUGAUUUAAACAACGUGCGUUUUUCUGCUUACCGGACAGCAAUGAAGAUCCGCCGACUCCAGAAAGCGCUCUGUUUGGAUCUGUUGGAGUUGCACACAGCACAACGCAUCUUCGAUCAGCACAAAUUGACACAAAAUGAGCAACUUCUGAAUGUGACUGAAGUAAUCAACUGCUUAACAACCAUUUAUGACGGUUUGGAACAAAACCAUAAGGACUUGGUCAAUGUGCCACUCUGUGUUGACAUGUGCUUAAACUGGCUGCUGAACGUCUUUGAUACGGGUAGGAGUGGAAGAAUCAGAGUGCUGUCUUUGAAAAUUGGCUUGAUGUGUCUAUCCAAGGGUCACCUGGAGGAAAAAUACAAGUAUCUCUUCAAACAAGUAGCUGAAUCUGCAGACUUGUGCAACCAACGAAGCUUGAGCCUUUUGCUUCAUGAUGCAGUUCAGAUCCCUCGGCAGCUGGGCGAGGUAGCUUCAUUUGGAGGCAGCAACAUUGAACCAAGUGUCCGCAGUUGCUUCCAACAUGGCCAGAACAAACCAGAGAUUGAUGUUAAACACUUCGUGGAAUGGAUGAGACUGGAGCCUCAAUCCAUGGUCUGGCUGCCUGUUCUACACCGUGUGGCAGCUGCUGAAACUGCAAAACAUCAAGCAAAGUGUAACAUCUGCAAAGAGUGCCCAAUCAUAGGUUUCAGGUACCGCAGCCUCAAACACUUCAACUAUGAUAUCUGCCAAAGCUGUUUCUUUUCAGGACGCACAGCAAAGGGACACAAGUUGCAUUACCCAAUGGUGGAGUACUGCACUCCCACUACAUCAGGUGAAGAUGUGCGUGAUUUCACCAAGGUGCUGAAAAAUAAGUUCAGAUCAAAGAACUACUUUGCCAAACAUCCUCGCUUAGGUUAUUUGCCAGUGCAAACAGUCCUGGAAGGCGAGAACCUUGAGAUUCCUGUCACAGUUAUCAGUAUGUGGCCUGAACAGUAUGACCUUACACAGUCUCCACAACUGACUCAAGAUGACACGCAUUCCAGAAUAGAACAUUAUGCCAACAGGUUGGCACAGAUGGAGAGAAAGAAUGGCUCUCUGCUUACAGACAGUAGCUCAACCACAGGAAGUAUUGAUGAUGAGCAUAUACUGAUUCAACAGUACUGUCUGACACUGGGGAGAGAAUCACCCAUAAGUCAGCCCCAGAGUCCUGUGCAGAUCCUCAAAUCGGUGGAGAAAGAGGAGCGGGGCGAGUUAGAAUGCAUCAUUGCCAAUCUUGAAGAGGAGCAAAGAAAUCUGCAGGCUGAAUAUGAAAGGUUAAAGCAACAGCAAAGUCCACGAGAUGUAAAACCCCUCCCAUCACCACCCUUAUCAGCAGUUCAGCAAAAUUAUCAAGAUGCUGAGCUCUUGGCUGAGGCUAAGCUUCUACGACAACACAAAGGACGACUUGAGGCCAGAAUGCAGAUAUUGGAGGACCACAACAAACAACUGGAGUCACAGCUGUGUCGACUGCGAAAACUCCUGGAAGAGCCAUUGACAGAAGCCAAACUGAAUGGAGUUGCUCCUGUUUCCCCAACUGCAUCUUUCGAGCUUGCUGAAAAUAGUCAAGCCUAUAAUGAAGACUUCAGCUCACAAACAGAUGAUUUAUUGAUUCCACCUGAGGACACAAGUACAGAUCUCACUGAUGUUAUGGAGCAAAUCAACAGUUCUUUCCCGGUUUGCAACUCAAAUUUUGUGACAAGGCAACAGGUCAUGAUGUAAUAAUAUGUUUCAUGCAAAAAUCACAAACAUUGAGACAACUGCUUCCUAUAAUGACCAACAGCAGCUGAGAAUCAUAAGGAAAUUCAUUAGGACCUUCAAAGAAUAAUCAAUUCCACUAAACUGUCUCAGUGAAGGAGUUUAUCUCUGGAGACUCAACAACUCGUAGUUUUAACUAUUGUGUCUCCCUCUUUGCUUCUUUUACUAUGCAAAUGUAAAAUAACAAAGUAUAAAAUGUUGAACUCUGAAAAAUGCACCAUUAUAUGUAAAAAUAAACAGCAGCAUUUAGGGAGGGGGGGUCUUUUCUUUCACUCUGGUAUGAGAGAAUUGUGAUGGGAAUGUGUGUUUAUUUUAGUGUGUUUUUUUUAAAACGGACUACUCUCUCAGAUGCCACCCUCUCGGAAAACAGAGCCUUCCAGGUGUGGUUCUGAAUUUUGGCUGUUUGCCUACAACCUUGGUUCAUUUUGAAAUACUGCCAUAGUCUUGCAAAAAUGAUAGGGAGAUUUAUUUUUCUUCUAUAGUGUGAUUUGCUGUGCCCAAACAAAUUGUACAAAUAGGGUGAAAAUUUUAAUGCAUUCAAACAAUAUAAAGCCAUGACCAAUUUUCUACCUCAUACCCUCCUUUCUUCAAAAAUGGAUCUUCCAUCAUAUAUUCCCUGGCAGACAAAGCCCUUAUUUUCAUUAAAUUAAAUAGCAUAAGGGGCCAAAUUAUUUGAUCAGCAGUGAGUCGGUGGCAUCAUAACAUUUUAAUAAAUCAAUGAGCAUCAGCCUAAGUUGAUACAGAUUCAUUAACAAGCCGCCAUCAAACAACCCCCCCACCCCCUCCACCACCAAAUGUUGUGAUUUGUGGCCAAUAGGCAGGCUGCACCACUACACCAUAAAUUGUCUCAUCUUAUUUAGUUCUGUCAUUGAUUGACAUUACAUUUUAACCUGUAAUAUGCAUUACCUUCUGGGUAUACAGAUUAUAUCUUAAAUCCUGAUCACGCCUGAUAUCACUACAUAUGUCACUCAAAAUAAAGUUUGUUUAUACAACAUUGCAACAGAAGGUACUUUGUGCUUUUUCCUGCAACUCCUAAAAUGAAAAAAAUUGUUUUGUACCAUUUAUAAUUUUCUCUUGUGGAUAAAGGUGAGCCAUAUUGCUGUUUUCAAAGUAAACUCUCUCUUAUCACCAUCCUCUAUAUCCAAAUGAUUGGCUCUCCCUGAAUUCCAUGUGAUCUAACCUUGCUGACCAGUCUACCAUGUGGCAUCUCGUUGAACGCCUUGCUGAAGGCCAUGUAGCUGAAAAUGUGUUGCUGGAAAAGCGCAGCAGAUCAGGCAGCAUCCAAGGCGCGGGAGAAUCGACAUUUCGGGCAUGAGUCCUUCUUCAGGAAGCCAUGUAGACAACAAUUCACUGCUCUGCCUUCAUCAAGUCAUUUCUUUAAAAAACUCGUUAGUAAGACAUAAUUUCCUACUCACAAAGCCAUGUUAACUAUACCUAAUCAGUCCUUGUCUUUCCAGAUACAUGUCGCUCAGAAUCCUCUCCAACAACCUCCGGCUCGCCAGUUUAUUAUUCCCUGGCUUUUGCUUACCACCUUCCUUUCAUAAUAGCACCACAUUAACCACCCUCCAGUCUUCCAGCACCUCAACCAUGGCUAUUGAUGAUACAAAUAUCUCGGCAAGAGGCCCAGCAAUCACCUCCCUAGAUUCCCACAAAGUUCUGGAAUACACCUGAUCAGGUCCCAGUAAUUCAUCCACCUUAAGAUGUCCAGCACCUGUCCCCCUGUAAAUGAACACUUUUCAAGAUAUUUCUGUUUAUUUCUCCAAGUUUACCAGCUUUCAUAUCCUUCUCUAAAGUAAUACUAACGCGAAAAGCUCAUUUAGUAUUUCAUCCACCUCCUGUUUUUCAGACAUAAACAGCCUUUAAGGGACCCUAUUCUUUUGCCGUUAAUGUAUUUAUAGAAUCUCUUUGCAUUGUCCUUAACCCUAUUUGUCAAAGCUAUCUCAUGUCCCUUUUUGCCUUCCUGAUUUUCCUCAUGAGAAUGCUCCUUCUGCCCUGAGACUCCUUGAAGGAUUCACUCAAUCCCAGCUGUUUAUACCUGUCAUGUGCUUCAUUUUCUUAACCAGAGCCUCAUUCUCUAGUCAUCCAGCAUUCCCCACACUACCAGCCUUGCCCUUUACACUAAUAGAAAAAUACCGCACCUGGACUAUUUUUGAAGGCCUCCCACUUUCCAACCACCCUUUCCCUGUGAAUAGCCCCAAAGUGCUCCCCCACUGACACCUUCGUCACUUGUCCUGCCAUAUUGCUAAGUCAGGUUUUGCUCCAUCUUUAGUAGGUUCAUCCACAUGCUGAAUAAGAAAAUGUUCUUGUAACGAUAGUUUAUUGAAGCAAUAAAAUUUUUGCAAAACACAAAUACACAUAAGCAUGCAGCAAACAGGAAAAGAAAGCUAUGAACAUCUUUAAAAAAUUCAUUAAUUCAGUGAAUAAGUUUUAAUAGACCAAUGUCCCGACAAGGUCCUCCAAGUUGGCUACUCUGGUAGAAUUCCUUUUUGUAGGUCAGAUGAAGUUAUGUGCAGUUACAGGCAUAGCAAUAUGAUUCUGGAAAACUGGGAUUUUCAGAAAUCUCAGGAAUCAGCCUAGUGAAGCUGUUUUGAACUUCCUCCAAUUUGUACGUCCUUUCUUAAAUAGGAAAACCAAAAUUUUAAACCGUUCUCCUCGUGCAUUCAGCACUCUGUACAAUUGUAUCACAAUUUCCCUAUUUUUAAACUCCAAACCCCAAGCAGCAAAUGGCAAAAUUCCAUUUGCCUUGUUAAUUAUAUGAAUCACCCGGAUGCUAACAUUUUGUUUAAUCUACAAAAAUACCCAUAUCUCUCUGUAUUGCAUUUUUAAAGUCUGUUACCCAUUCAAUUAAUAGUAUGCCUUUGAAUUUUCCGACCACAGUGCAUGGCCUCCCAUUCCUACAGAUUAAAUCUAUCUGCCAAGCUUUUGCCAAUUCACGCAACCUAUCCAUAUCUUUGUGUCUUCAUCAUAACAGCAUGGUGGCUCAGUGGUUCGUACUGCUGCCAAACAGUGCCAGGGACCUGGGUUUGAUUCCAGCCUUAGCUGACUGUGUGGAAUUUGCACAUUCUCACCAUGUCUGCAUGGGUUUCCUCCGGGUGCUCCGGUUUCUUCCCACAAUCCAAAUAUAUGCAGGUUAGGUGAAUUGGCCACGUUAAAUUGCCUAUAGUGUUCAGGAUUGUGUAGAUUAGGUUCAUUAAUCGGGGUAAAUGUGAAGUAAUAGGGGAGGGGAAUGGGUCUAGGUGGGUUACUCUUCAGCGGAUAGGUGUGGACUUGUUGGGCCAAAUGGCCUGUUUCCACACUGAAGAGAUUCAUGAUGAUAACAUGCCCUCUCAUCUAUUUUUGUAUCGUCAACAAAUUGGAUGCAUUACACACUGUCUCUUUCUCCUCCAAGUCAAUAAUAUAGAUGAUAAAUUAGGAUUAUGUCCUCGUCCUUUACUCGUUACAUCUUUCCAACUUGAAAAUGACCAAUUAAUAAUACCGCACUCAGUUUGUGUAUUAACUGAUUUUUUUUCAUUCAAUGCUAAUACAUCACCCCAAAUACUGUCAGAUCUUAUUUUGUGCAUAUUGGUACCUAACAUUAAAUUUGGAUCAUGGUCAGGGACAAGAGGUGUGACUGCAAGCAAGUCAGAUAUCAGGAUCCAGAAUUUAACUUUUGAGGAGCUCGACCUUCAUUUAAAAUCUGAGAUGUGAAGUAAUUUCUUCUCCCAGAGGGUUGUGACUUCUGGAAUUUAGAGACAUCACUGAAAAUAUUUAAAGAGAUUUCUGAAAUAUGGAGUUGAGGUCUAUAAUGAGCUAGCGUGAAAGAGAAAUGGAGCAAAUCAACUGAUCUUGUUGAAUGUUAUGGCAUGCUUGAGGGGCCGAGUGACCGACUCCUGCGUGUAUUUCUUUUGUUCUUAUGAUCUUUGGAUUUAAUAGUUUACUUAAUUUCUUCUGUUAACCAUGAGUGGCCACAUUUUCCAUUGUGAUUUACUGCCCAAAAUGUAUGUAUAACUUUAAAUGCAAACAGUUUUCCUUAAAUAUUAAAUAUUGCCUAUUCACUGA